AUGGAGUCAGGUGACGAAAAUGCAAUUGAUUCUUCGAACAACUGCGAAAAUACAAGGAAAAUCGAGCACAUGCAAAGCGAGGAAGCUCAACACGCAAUCGAAUCUAGUGUCAAUGCUCCUUCAACAGAAGAAAAAGCUACAAAUACCAAGGAGGAUGACAUACACUACGAAAAGGUUGAUAAUGCAGUUGUUUCAAGUCUUCAUACAAAUCCUACAGAAGAAAAUAUUUCAGAAACAGAAAAAACAGAAGAGGAUGUUGCCAAAACAGAGGAGGAAUGUGACAUUAUAAGGAAUGAGAAUAUGCAAAGAAUAGACGGUGAACAAGAGACCGUGUUGCAAACAACUUCAACUGAAUCAACAAUUUCGAUUCAAAAGAGUGUUCCUGAAAUUGAAUACAAUAGAGUCCCUCAAGCGAAAGAAAGGAUUAAACAUACCAUGAAAUUUACUACGGAAGAGGUACAAACCACUUCUGAAGUAAUUCCAAUCAAGAGGCGGCACCUAUAUUGGAUAAUGAUCAAAGGUGAUGUUCAUGGAGUGAAGGCGGCACUUAUAUUGGACAAUGAUCAAAGGAAUGAAUCGGAAAAGUUGGAAGUAACAACUGAGAAUAAAGAAUCUGAGAAGUUGGAAGAUAACACAAAAGAGCAUGAAAAGGAAGAGAUGCCCCUGAAAAAUCAAAAAGAAACAGAAAAUGCCGAGACAGAGCCAACAAAAUCAGAGGAAAAGAAGGAAGAGAAGACAGAAGCUGAUGAGUUAAGGCUGCCAACUGUUACAACUCAUUCAAAUGAGUUAGAAGCAAAAGAGCAUGAAAAGGAAGAGAUGCCCCUGAAAAAUAAAAAAGAAACAGAAAAUGCCGAGGCAGAGCCAACAAAAUCAGAGGAACAGAAGGAAGAGAAGACAGAAGCUGAUGAGUUAAGGCUGCCAACUGUUACAACUCAUUCAAAUGAGUUAGAAGCAUCAUCUUCAGGAACAAAAGCAAUUACUGAAGAAAAAGAAGAUGAGGAGUUAGAAAUGGCAAUACAAUUAGCAAUUGCAAACUCGUUGGAAAACAAUGAUUCAAAGAAUGAAUCCAACAAAGAAGAAAAAGAUGAUGAACAAGUUCAUUAUGAUAAUGAAAAGGAACAGGAAGAAGACCUCGUGGAAACAGAAAAUGAUGAAACAGAUGAUGAAGAAGUUGGUGAUGAGGAAAAGAAUGAUAACAGUGACAGAGAAAUACCAAGAACAGCUACAGGGUGGGAGAAUGUUAAGAAACCAACUGGUUGCCCAAUGGAGAAAAAGGAUUCCAGGGAGGAGGAUGAUAAUGCAGAAGAUGAUGAAAAUCAGAACACUGACGAUGAUGAAAAUCAAAACGCAGAAACUGAUGAAGAAGAGAACGAUGAGAAUAAAUCUACAAACCUCAAAUCAACUUCAAGGUAUGCAAUAUCAACUAAUUAG